UAUUACCCAUUUAUACAGUUGGGUUUUUACUAGAGCAAUCUAGGUAAAGUACCUUGCUCAAGGGUACAACAGUAGUGUCCCCCACUGGGGAUUGAACCCACAACCCUCUGGUCAAGAGUCCAGAGCCCUAACCACUACUCCACACUGCUGCCAGAUGAAAUAAUCAGAUAUGCGUUACAUGUGUUUAACCGUCACUGAAGUUAAAAUUUUAUUGGGUCGGAUAUGUGAGUACUGACUGUAAAAUACAAGCAAGAUAAUCAUCAGAAAAAUGGGAGGGGUAAGUGAGGGGUAAGACAUUGCUGAUAAGUGAGGGGUAAGACAUUGAUAUUAAAAUCUGAGUUAUCAAACCUUACUUAAAAAAAAAAAAAAAAAAAAAAAAGUGUCUAACCUUAUCCCUCCUAUUGUCUUUUGCUACUAUAUUUUUUGGUUCAGUCAUGGUCAUGUAUGAUGCCUUUUGUUAUUGAAUGGCUAACUGCUAGUAUUUCUAGUAGGCUGGUUCUUUUUAAGGAACCUUAAGGGUUAACAAUUUUGAAAAUACUUUGAUAAUACACAGAACCAUUAGCAAAAAAAAAAACCAAAAACUUUUUGUGCAUUUUUCUGUGGUAUUAUCACCAUUACCUUUAUGUCUGCAUGUUCUAAUCAUCAUUUUGUGCCCAAGUAGGCAUACCGCUGUUUAUUAAUGUCAACAUUCGAGUCUUAAUCCUUCAUGGGGUGUUUUUUCCUGUUCAGGUGUUUGCCAUUUAUCUUUGUUAAUAUUUCUAGUGCAUGCCAGCUGGGGACAACAACUGUAGUCAUCUCUGAAAUUGGGCAGAAUAACUGCAUGAUCAUUUUAUUACUCAGUUUCUGAGCUACAUUGUUGUUUUAAAAUAUGCAUUGUGGGAGGUGUGCCACUCUGUUUUAGCAUUUUUUUUUCCUCCUCUUUAAAACAAACAAAAAAAACAAAUAAAAAAGCCUGACUUUACUUAAGACAAGGAGCCUUUGUUUUGUCUUGCAAAUGGCUUGUGGAAUUCUUCAGUUCUCAGCGGGUUAACUGGGGAACAGGAGCUGAGUUGUAAUUGGCCUAUUUAGGGUAUUUUGCAUGUGAAUGGUGUGCUAGUGAAGCAUUACUAAGUCUGUUGUGAGCAGCACAGUGAUUAGAAUUUAGAUUAGGGAAAACACUUUCUGUACUUUAUCAACUACAGUAAUUAGUUCAGUUGCUGGAAGUUAACUUUGAGUAUCGAUAAAGAUGGACUUGCUUUCCGCUCUUCAUUUGGCCAUGGCUAGUCUGAGUUGUUAAAAGUGUGGUGCCUUUAUAUAAGUGAAUGAGCAUUUAUGUACUUUUUGUUGCUCAACAAUUUAAGCCGAGUCACCUGGGAGGUGAGAUGGGUAUGGGUAGUCCUGGGGCACUUUCACCUACAAAGCCAGGGUCACAGUAUUAUCAGUACUCCAGCAUUAAUCCCAGAAGACGGCCAUUGCACAGCGACUCCAUGGAAGUUCAGACAAAGAAAGUCCGGAAAGUUCCUCCAGGGUUACCAUCCUCAGUAUACGCCCCGUCAGCAAGCACUGCCGAUUACAACAGGGACUCACCGGGGUAUCCAUCCUCCAAACCACCGACCAGCACCUUUCCCAGCUCCUUCUUCAUGCCAGAUGGCCAUCACAGUACUGAUCCAUGGAGCUCCUCCAGUGGGAUGAACCAGCCUGGCUAUAGUGGAAUGCCGGUAAACUCCUCACACAUCCCACAGACCAGCAGCUACUGUGGCCUCCAUCCACACGAGAGGCAGAGUUACCCAUCACACUCCUCAUCAGACAUCAAUUCUAGUCUUCCUCCAAUGUCCAGUUUUCACCGCAGUGGCACAAACCAUUACUCUGCUUCCUCCUGUACAGCACCCACAAAUGGAACAGACAGCGUUUUGGCAAACAGAGCAUCAAGUGGGGCCGCAGGCAGCUCACAGACCGGUGAUGCACUGGGGAAGGCACUAGCAUCAAUCUACUCUCCCGAUCACACCAACAACAGUUUUUCAUCAAAUCCUUCAACACCUGUUGGGUCUCCCCCUUCUCUCACAGCGGCAAGCACAGCUGUUUGGUCAAGGAAUGGAGCCCAGGGACCAUCAUCUCCAAACUAUGAAGCUCCACUGCACUCUUUGCAAAGUCGCAUCGAAGACCGGUUGGAAAGGCUGGACGAUGCCAUUCAUGUGCUUCGUAGCCACGCGGUAGGUCCUUCCACGGGCAUGCCCAGCGGCCACAGUGAGAUGCACGGUUUAAUAGGACCAUCACACAAUGGGGCAAUGGGAGGACACGGAUCCGGAUAUGGCACAGGGCUCCUUUCAUCGAACAGACAUUCAUUAAUGGUGGGAGCUCAUCGUGAGGAUGGCGUGGGAUUACGUGGCACAAUUGUGCCAAACCAAGUGCCAGUCCCCCAGCUCCCAGUGCAGUCAGCAACUUCGCCUGAAUUAAACCAGACUGCAGAUCCUUACAGGGCUCUCUCAGGUGGGCUCCAGGGACACAGCGUAUCAUCAGUAAGCUCGGAGAUCAAAUCUGAAGAUGAGGGGGACGAAAACCAGGAUACCAAAUCCCUGGAUGAGAAGAAAAUUGAGGAGGACAAGAAGGAUAUCAAAUCAAUUAACAGCAAUAAUGAUGACGAGGACCUAUCCCCAGAGCAAAAGAUCGAGCGGGAGAAGGAGCGGAGAAUGGCCAAUAACGCCCGGGAGCGCCUGCGCGUACGUGACAUCAACGAGGCCUUCAAGGAGCUGGGGCGCAUGGUGCAACUGCACCUGAAGAGCGACAAGCCGCAGACCAAGCUACUCAUCCUCCACCAGGCCGUGGCCGUCAUACUGAGUCUGGAGCAGCAAGUCAGAGAGAGGAACCUGAACCCGAAAGCAGCCUGCCUGAAAAGGCGAGAAGAAGAGAAGGGAUCAUCUGACGCGCCUCCUCUCUCCCUUGCGGGUCCACAUCACGGAUUAGGAGAUGCAUCCAACCCCAUGGGACAAAUGUCCAAGUUGCCAGAGUUCUUCAAAAUGAUGAGCGACCACUUCCUUUGACAACGUUGUUAUCUUAAUCCCACAAACCAACACUUUCCCCACCCUUUCUUGUGUAAAAUAGAGACAAAUGCAAGUAGCUUAGAAACACAGACACAAGAGAUUCUUUCAGCAUUCCCGAUAACGUUAAUGUGCAACUUGAGGUGAACAACUCUCUAAACAUAUCAUUAGGAAUGUUCUAACAAUGUUGCAAGCUGUUGUGCACAGCCUAGAGACUGAAUGGCAAUCUUCUCCACACUGUGGAACAAUGCAUUUGUGCCUGAACUUCUUUUGGAAAAAAAAAAUAUAUAAUCAAUUUGUAAGUCUUGAAAAAAACAAUAUUUAAUUUAAAAAAUUGUAAAACUUGCAAUAAUGAAAAAGUGUACUUCGGAAAAAAAAAAGAAAAAAAAAUGUUGGUGUUCUAGUCAGCUAGUGUUUCUAUUUACUGGAGGAUAAAGGGAAUCAUUGCUACCCCUAUAGCUACUUAAACCAGCAAAUGUCCUGAUUAUAACUUUAGUCAUAUCAUUAGCCAUUCCUUUGCAUAGGAAGAGCAGAUGGAUCUUAUGAGCAUAGGGGAGAAAGGCAGUAGUGUAUUGACUGUUGCUUAUUUGCUGGGCUUAUGCUGUCACUCAGUAUGAGAUGGAAAUGAGCUAGAUUAGUAGAAUUUAGUGAUUUUCUUUUUUUUUACUUACUAAGACCUGAAGACUUGCUUUGUAGGUACUGUAUGGCUCAGACUUGCAAUGCUGUUGACUAGCUCUGCAUACGUUUUCCAUGGGGAAAACCCUGUACCCAGUGCCACGGCUAUGGACAAAUUAAAGCCACGUGAAGAGAGGCACAUUUAGCUUUUUUAGUCUUACCCAGGUUACUCCUACAACCCAUCCCGACCCCACUCCCCAGAGAUGCAAUGUUAACAUGCUACAGUUUUACCAAUGUGCCUUUUAGAGUUCAUAUCAUUAAAGGGAACAGGAGGAUGCUAUCUGAACUUUUUAGGAUGCAAGCUUAGGGAACUUGUUGGUCAUUAGGUCUAUGCAGUCAGGUUUUUUAUAACCUGUUAAAAAACAAAAAAACAAGAAAAAAAUAUUUUUUGGAUAAACUGUAUUUAAUGUAUUCUAUGCUUAUAUAUGUAAUUAGGAGACGUGUUCCUGAACGACCAUGUUUGUGUAAAUUAUCCCAAGUUGCGGCCCAUUUUCGUACUUCGUGAAAAAACAAGUGUUGUAUAGGUCUUAAGUAACCUUAAGUAAUGGCUUUCUAUGAGCCACAGUAGUCCUUCAGUACAGUAUGUGGUUGUAUGUGUAGAUUUGAUUUUUAGUCUGUUCUGGUUUCACUGUCAAGGCAACCGCAAAUUCUGCAGCAGAAAUGACAGCGGUGUUAAUGGCGUUUUAACUCAUCGACUCAAAAUAGACACUGCAACUGGAAGAAAUAUACAGAGGUUAUGCUGAAUCUAAGAGAAAUUUAGAAAGAUCAUUGUUUUCUAUAAUCAUAUGGGGUAAAAUGGAAAAGGCACCUCAGUAUAACUUCUAAAGUCACGGGUUGUUUGGCUGUUUAAGUGCCAUGGAAGGUGAUGUGGCUGCUCAUGGCACCAUAUAGACUAAACACCAUUCGGGAAAGGCAAAAGAGUUCCAUCUGCUCUACUUAUUGCCAAUUAGCUGUUAAUGAAACACAGAUAUUUGUAAAUUUUAUGCAACAAAUGCAAACAUCAUUAUUUUGAAAUUGUGUAUGUAAAAGUUAUAUUUUUACAUGUAGACUCUUGUUAUGUGUUUAGAAUAUGUUGUAUCCGUUUUUAAGAAAAACAAUGAAUUCAGUAUGUGUUGAAAAUGUGUCACAUUGAAAAUGUAGUGAGAUUCAAGCUUCAAAAAAAGAUCUUUCAAUUUUAUGUUUAUAUUGGGAACAUUUUGGGGCGAAAAAACAGAACAAAAUAAGGUAUUUAAGAUUAUGUAUCAUGCUCCAUGCUCAUCUACAUUGCAGUUAAAAGUGUAUUUGGAAACAAAUUGUGUAUAUAGUCAUAUAAAAACAGGGUUUAAGUGUCUUCGGUAAAGAGAAAAAUUGUUUGACCUGGAGGUGGAUCAAUUGAAUGAUAUAAUUGCUGUGCUUCUAUCGGUCACUUGAGCCAAGUGCCAAAAUGAAUAAUGAAGUGCAUUAAUUACAGUUAUGCACAUAGGGCACGUAUCUGUCCUGCACAAAUGUAUUUCCCUCUGUCCAAUUAACUGAGAGCAUCAAUUACAGAUUACACUGGUUGAACUCUGCUUUUGUUGAAGUGGAUCUAAAAGAAAGGGGUAUAUGAAUGCAAUCAUAUGAGUGCAUUCAAUAAAAAAGGACGAGGCAUCAAGCUCAAUAACCAAUAUUUACAGCCAUUAAUAGUUUCUAAAAGUUGAAAGGGAAGUUUGAAAACAUCAAUUUUUCAUUAGAUACUCAUAUACAGGUGCACUCCAGUUAUAACGGAUCCUGUUAGAACGUGCGACACAUGGUUAACAACGUAUUGAGGAGGCACGUCCCUGCCAAACAACAUGGGUUUUAAUGAGGAAUUACUCUGGUUAAAACGGACUUGUUUAUAAUGUAUAUACUGUUUAAUGCAUACAGUUUUCCUGUUUCAUAGACAUGUCUUUUGCGUUUAAUACGUACAGUUUUCCUGUUCCAGAGGUAGACAUUUUGCACAAAUAAGGUUCAUCCGGGACAGUAAAUGACAGUCACGGCGGCAUUUGUGACGUCAGGCAGGAAAAACAGUUGCUGUUUACUUUUACUUUUGUUUUUUUUGGCACAGCCGUUGUACAGUUUAAACAUAUAACUGAUACAAUUUUUAUUACAUUUCGUGAAAAUAUAAAUAGUAAAAUUGUACUACUUAUUACAUUGUACGGCCCACAGGGGUUUGUUUUGACAAAUAAUAAACUCCUGUUCUUUGGCAGUUAAGCUUUCUUGUAUUAUUUAUAUUUACUUCUGUUCACAGUUACAUACAGCAUUUCAAAUUGUGUUUACUACGUACUUCAUUUAUAAAGUACUGAUUUCUAUUCCCUUGGAGUCCGUUAUAAGUGGAGUGCACCUGUAAUUGUGUGUAAAAAAACGUUUUAAAGCAUGUAAGCACCAGAUCAAGGGCUAAUUCCAAUACUGUAUAUGUGUGUGUGUUUGGCCCAGUAAUAAAUGGUCACAGUUUUACCGGCUAUGUGGCCACAGUCAGCAGACAGAUGUUUAUUCAAAUGUUACAGGCUUAUCGAAUGUCCCAUCAAGUCUUUGGUAUUGUGAGAAAUAUACGUGAAGAGCAGACAAGGCUGUUUCCAUUCCCCUGAAAUUGUGAUACUUUGACAAGCCCAAACUUGUUAUAACACUUAUUGCUACUGUCUUAAUGUUGCACUUCUUGAAGACUAAAGAGACAAGUGCUUUUCGUUACCGACUUCUUAACCCAUGGGUCGUCAUAGCAAUGGAGCACACUUAAUUUGUUUUCAUAGUUGGCAGCAUUUUCGUGUUAAGUUAAUUUCCUUAAAUCCAAAACGAUUAUAAGCCACAAGGCUUAGAAAAAUGUUCAUAUUACACAGAAAGUUUCCAUUUUGUUAUAUUGUUGUGUUUUUGUUGUUUUUUGGUUAUUGUUUUUUUUUUUUUUUUUUUUUUUUAUUGAAAACAUGAUAGAAUUCUAGCAUCUUGCCUCUCAAAUGCUUCUUCUACAGUAUGCGUUGUGACAACAGUAAUUCAAGGAUUCAUAGAUGUAUAGUGUCAGCAGCCAACUAAUUUGCACGUUAUGCAUUAAAUGUUUAGAGCAUUUAAUGUUUCCUUUAGCAUAUAUUAGAGGAGUGUUACACUACAGUCACUUUGCUAAUGAAUUUUCUCCUGCUGGUGCGUGCACCCAACUGAUUACAAAAGUUCACUCCCUUCAUUUGUUUAAUUAUACAAUAGAAAAAGGUCAGGCUAGUUUAUGCUAGAAGGUUUAUUUGAAGAAAUACAUUUUUGGAAUGUAUGGCUGGAGCUGACCUAAAAAAGUUUCAUGCGCCAAUGAUUACUGCGUAAAACAAAAGGUUACAUGGCUAAUAGGUAGGGGUUGCUUCAGUUGACUUACAAUUCAAAUGUACUGCUUGAAAGAAAUUAGCUGCCAAUAAAGAAUUUCAGUCAAAUGUUAAUGCAACCAUGUUGGUUAUGUGACAAAAUAUAUAUAUUUUUCUGAAUUGAUCCACCUCCAUUCUUUUUAGAACAUGCUAACAUAUACAUUAGAAACUGUUCAUUUAAGUUUGGGGAGGGGGAAGGGGGUUCCAUUUGUCUUCAACGUAGCUACAAUGAACACUAACGCCUAUAAACUGUCAAUCAAGUCAAGGAUGCAAUUUGUACUGAUCCAGUCUUCCGAUGUUUUUUUGUUUUUUUUUUUGAGGGAGGGAAGGGAACCCUUUUUUUGUGUCAAGAGGCUAAAUUUACAAAACUGAAUAAUGAAUAGUUAUCAUCAGAAAAUAAUCAUGAACAAGCACAAAAUUGCUGACUGGAAAUAAAUAAAGUAAUAUAUAUAUAUAUAUAAAAAAAUAUAUAAAUCAAUUAUAACAAAUCAAACUUGAGGCACAGAGGCUUCUAGGCCUGACAUCUUUUUUUUUCUUUUGGGUAGACAUUUCUUUCUCAUGGAUUUUAAUUCAUCUUUGUGCAGUGCUGGUUUGACCAUGUUCAUUUCAAAGUAUUAUAGACAUAUGUAAUGGUAAAAAUAUAUGAACUGUGGCCUUUUUCAUUCUUCUUGUUACUUGUGAUGCAAUUAAGUGAAGAAAAAAAGCAGAGAUAUACCAUGUAUCAGUGCCUGGCUUUUUGUUAUAAAGCUUCUUUUGUCUAGUGCUCUUUUGCUAUGAAAUAGACUAGUGCACCCUAUUACAAAAAAAUACAUUAAAAAUCUAAAUUUAAAAUUAACUAUAUUUGGCUUAUUUUUCGCAGGGGCAAUCCUUUUAUACCAUGAAUAUUGAAAAAAAAAAAAAGACAAUGUCAGAUUCUGAAUAUUUCUCUUUGUAGAUUUUUGGAAUCAUUCUGAGUAAAAGUUUGUUACUUUAUUUUACUAUUUAAAGAUGUUAUUUUACCAUGUGUUACUGAGACGAAACUGUAUGGUUUUUCGUGGUUGGUCGCAUACUGCCAUUUGCGGCUGUGCACAUACCUGCAGCAGUGAAAAAUAAAAAACAGUUACACUUUGUUUCCAAUGUGUGGCUGAGUGCCUCGACUUUUUUUUUCCAUGUUUUUGGUGUAUUUUUUUUUUUGUUGUUUUUAUUUUUAUUUUUUCUGAUUAGUAGAAGUGUCCAAAACAGGUUGUGUGCUGGAGUUACUCUUUAAGCCAACUCAUUGUAGGCCAUUACCUGUUAUUUUACAUCUGUAGUUAUUCAAUGAAGUCAUGUACAUGACCGUUCUGUAGCAAUAAAUGUGCCAUUUUUAUAACCUA